GUGUUCUGGUCCCAGGUUGAAGAGCUGCCUGCUGGGUAGCGUUCCUGUUAUAUCGUGGCUGCCUCGUUACUCCAUCAGAGAAAAUGCCCUGGGUGACCUGAUCUCUGGGAUCAGUGUUGGGAUCAUGCAGUUGCCGCAGGGUAUGGCAUAUGCCCUGUUAGCAUCGGUUCCUCCAGUCUUUGGCCUUUACUCCUCCUUCUACCCAGUCCUUAUCUACUUCAUCUUCGGCACGUCCAAGCACAUCUCAGUCGGAACAUAUGCUGUGAUGAGUGUGAUGAUAGGCGGGGUGAUAGAGCGAGUAGCACCUGACUCCAACUUCAUGAUGUGGGACAAUGUGACCAACUCCAGUAUAGUUGAUGUCAUCUCCCGGGAUGCAGAGAGGGUCCGAGUCGCUGCAGCUGUCACCUUCAUGUCGGGAUUAUUUCAG